AGUCGUUUUGGCGCCGUCGUCGAAAGCGGUCGACGCUCGGAGCGCCGCUCAUUAAUCGUCGUGUCUCAUAGGAAAAUAAAUAAAAAUAUAGUGUAAAGUUCUGUGUUCAGUGAAUAGUGACAGUGUGUUUUAGUGAUAUGUGUUCGUCUUUAAAAAUCUGCACAAGACGUCCCCUGUAAUCAAGAUAAUCAUCGGCCGACAUCUGAUUACAAUGCACUUGCGCUAAUGAGUGCCCAUUCGACCGUCACGCGACUGCCAUGACCAACAUGUAAUCAAUGACACCAUGAACCACAUACCCAAGAAAAUGUUCGCCAAAACACAUCGGUUUUGGGACAGACGGAAGUACAAAGUCGGACGAUGACACAACCCGGCGACACCAUCAAAUAAAAUAACGAUUUUUUGUUAAAAACAAGCUUUUAGUGUUAAAUCGCUUUUUUGUGUGUACGCGACAUACCGUAAUCUUCAUUUGCUACUUAAUUUAAUUUGUCAGUCAGUGUCCUUUCCGUAGUUUCAAGCAAUACUAGAUAAGGCCUUCGAGUUUAAUUGUAAAUAUUGUGUUCGUGCUCUAUUCUCAACGUUCGGGCAAAACGGGUAUUUAGUAAUUUGUAUAAAAAGAGAAAUAAUAGUCAACACUUCCGUUCCUAUAGGCAAUACGUUUUUUUAAAAGUAAAUCAAUUAUACAGUUAUUUCUACGGGGCCAAACUUUCAAUCUGUCUAAACAAUAAAGUUAGUUAGAUGAAUUUUACAAAUCCGGAUUGGAGAGUGACCACGAUGGUGCCGAAUACGACUUUGAUGGCCAGGACUACUAUGUCAACACAUUUUAACACAACAGUUGGUCCGAACUCCACGUUCUUGGUUCCGACGUACAUGAGCCAAGAGGAGUUCUUUGCUCUGCAAAUGACGAAUGGUUCCGACGCGAACACGACUCUGUCGAACGACACGACGGUAAACCUAGUUCUAAAGACUUGGUAUCCAAGCGGAUACUCGCCAGCGCAUAUAAUAAUAGCUUCAGUGGUUGUGACAGUGUUAAUGAUAAUGGUAGUAGUGGGCAAUAUGCUGGUGAUAAUCGCUAUAGUGACGGAGAAAGCCUUGAAGAACAUACAGAAUUGGUUCAUAGCUUCUUUGGCGGUGUCAGACUUCUUCUUGGGGCUGGUGAUAAUGCCGUUCUCGUUGGCGAAUGAGCUGAUGGGGUACUGGAUCUUUGGGUUCUGGUGGUGUGAGAUACAUUCGGCGAUGGAUGUGCUGUUGUGUACGGCAUCUAUCAUGAACCUGUGCCUCAUAUCGCUCGACCGCUAUUGGAGUAUAACUCAGGCGGUGGAUUACCUAAAGAAGCGCACGCCGGCGCGCGCAGCACUAAUGAUAGCGGCCGUCUGGCUGAUGUCUGCGCUCGUGUGCAUACCGCCGCUACUGGGCUGGCGGGUCAGCAGGCCGCCCGAGCAGUUCCCGCAGUGCAAGGUGUCAGACGACAUCGGCUACGUCGUCUACUCGGCGCUCGGCAGCUUCUAUAUACCGUCCUGCAUCAUGGUCUUCGUGUAUAUCAGGAUAUACUUCGCAGCUAAGGCCCGAGCAAGAAGAGGGAUUAGGAAAAAUCCGAGGCCUAGGCCUAAUGAGCAGCAGACGAGUUUCAGCAACCCCCCGAAGGGCACGCGACCCAUGCCUUCCACACAUCCCAUGCCCCCGGGACAUCUUAGUAAUAAUAAUGGCGAAAGCACAAUAUCAACAAUAGAAACUCCUCAAGUGCAGAUCCCGACAGUGACGUGUGAGCUCGCGUCGGACAUAUCGACGAGCGAAGCGGGGGACACCAUACCCCCGCCGCCCGACGAACGGAAAGACACGCUUAAGGUCGUAACAUCAGCACAAGUACAAAAAAAUCCUCUAGCAUCCUGUCCAUUGAGGAGUUCAACUCUCUCAGUCAACGGCGAGCUUCAACUCCAGCAGACCAGGGGCAGAGCACCCAGCGUCGCCAUUGACGCCGACAUGGUCUCCGAGAUGGAACCAUCUUCCUCCGACUCCGGCGUCGUCAGCCGCUGUGGCGGAGUCAAACCCCUCAAACUCAGAAUCUUCAAAAAAACCGACAGAAGACAGGAGAAGUCCCAACCAAGCAAAUCAGAAUUAGAACCAGCUUUACCAAAACCACACAAACCCAGAGACCCUGAGAGAGAAAAGAAGAGAUUAGCGAGAAAAAAAGAGAAAAGAGCUACUUUAAUUCUAGGGUUAAUUAUGGGCAGCUUUAUCGCUUGCUGGCUGCCAUUUUUCUUCUUGUAUAUAUUAAAAGCUGCUUGCAGGAACUGUGUGAUUCCGUCGAGCGCGUUCGCGAUAGCAUUUUGGCUUGGGUAUAUGAACUCUGUGCUCAAUCCGGUAAUCUAUACGAUUUUCAACAAGGAUUUCAGAAGAGCGUUUCGGAGGAUACUGUUUAAGUGAUGUUUAGCAUACGUGUGCUGUUACCGCUGUGUGGCCAACAGGAUUCUGAUGGCCCAGCAGAGGGCAGCACCGAAUCUUUACAAUGUACGUUGAAUGGACUCCAUAGUUAUACGAGGUUAUACGGUUGGACGGUGACAGUGGUUCCGAGUUUGAAUUUUUCGAAUUCUGGCUGGUUUAAUUUUUUUGGAACGAUU